UAACGUUUUAUUUUUGACUGUGUAAGAAUAUUUUAGAGCUCUCUCAAUAUACAAAAUCUGAUGCAGCCACUCCUAGACUAUUCAAAGGCACCGCCUAGCCUAGGGUUUUCCCUCAAUUCCUCUUCUUAACGUAACUGUAGGACUUUCCUGCUCUCACAAAUUCGAAACCUUCCGUUCCCUCUCAUCAAAAUCCCCAUCAACGAUCGCUGCAAACCCACUCCCAAUUUUCAAUCUCCACUGUACAAUUCCUGGUUUCAGUUUUCACUCCACCGUGUCUUUCCCAGGAAUGGAUCGUGAAGGUAGAAAGUUUGGAAGGGGGCCUAGGGAACUUAGUGGUGCUGUUGAUCUCAUAAAUCAGUAUAAGUUGUGGCCUCAUCAUGAAUUCUUUUGCAAGAGACCACUUCCUUUAUCAGUGUCGCAGACUCAUUAUCUACGCAAUGUGGUGGGAGACACGGAAAUUAGGAGAGGAGAAGGGAUGGAAUUAGAUCAACUCUCGCAGAGUAUUUCCUAUUUGAGAGAGAGGAAUGCACAUAUACAUCCUUUUGACUUGGAUGCACUGUGGGAAGCCUUUCAGAUGAGAGAGACAACUCCUGUCUACCUGACUGAUGCUGAGAAGGGGAUGCCUAGUGCAGGGGCAAAGUCAAAUGAUGACUCCAGAGACCAGAAGAGGAAGCAUAAGAAGCACAAGGACAAAGACAAGAAGAAGGAUAAGGAUCAUAAGAAGCACAAACACCGCCACAAAGACAAGAGUGAUGAUAAGGAUAAAAAUAGAGAUGGACAUCUUGAUUUGAAACAGCAAGACAAGAAAAGGAGGCAUGAAGGAAAUGGAGAUCUUUUUGAUAGUCGCAAGCAUCAAAAAGCCAGAACUAUUAAAUAAUUGCAACAGCCUAACUAAAGGUUGUCGUCUGAAAACAAUUCACUUGGGCUUGGUUGGAUAUUACUUUAUGUUCUCAAAAAUCUUCAGGUACGUAUCUCCCACUUGAAAAUCAAGAAGAAAGAUCAAAAUAAUAAAAAAAUUAAAUUACUGUAGAAUACAACAAAAAUUCUUAUCCAGGUACUACAACUUUUAUUUCUUAAGAAGCUUAUUAUUCUCUUUGACAUUUGUUUAGACUUUCAAGUGCGUUUGGUAGGGUUGGAAGAGUGACAGGUUAGGGAAGGAUGAAGAGAUGUUUGAUAUCUUCUCUUGUUUAGAAUAUAAGAGUGGAAGAAUGGAAAAAAAUAGAGAUGAUUAUUUUUUAUCUGGGCCCGUCAGUUUUAAUCUUCCCAAAAUAGGAGGAAAAUAGGGUAGAAAAUGUCUUACAUGGGUGAUUUGAUAUCUUUAUCAUUCUAGUUUGUUAAAAACAAUUCAAUACUAGGAUAAAAUAAUAUACGAUUGCUUUGUUUUCUUUGUACUUUUUUAUCCCUCCUACCAAACAUUUAUGAUAGAAAAUAUUAAUCUCUUAUUUCCUAUCUUUUUUAUUUUUAUUUUUCAUUCUUUUUUUAUUUCUUUUCUUUCACUUUUCUGUCCUUCCAACCAAAGCCUAAGGCCACUGUUAAAUCUAAUGCAAAGUGUUUUGGAUCUUUUAGGAUCGUUUUCAAAUUCUUCCAAUACAUAAAAUAAUUAAUUUUGAUGUACUUAAAAAAAGUUCUUUUAAAAUAAAAAAUUAAAAUGUAAAUCCAUACUUUUUUACUUCUUUAUCCCUGCAUUCAAGCAGCCAGAACUAGAAGGCAUGUGAACUUCCUAUAUAUCAGUAAAAAUUGAACAGUAGAACCUCUUUGACGGCUAUAAUGUGUACGUUCUUUAAAUUACUAAACAACCUGGGAAAACAAAUUCUCUUUGGGUUAACUUGACUUUACUCUGGAUACCACAAAGAGACCUCAAUAUUUUAUCUCUGCUCCUGAUAUUUUAUACUGCAGUUGGCAGUGCUUUACCAGUUUCUAAUUGACUUCCAUUGUCAUUUUCAAAUUUGUGAAGAUUUUACAAAUUGAUUACAUCUUGGAGGUGCCCUAACAUUUGAAAAAAAUAAGAACAAUCAUAGGGAGAUCAGAAAAAGCUGUAUGAUUUUUAUUUUUUGACGAGUUUAAAUAGCUAUGAUAUCACUUUCCAAAAACUGUGCCUGGAUGAGAGUAUCUACCUGUUAUUUAUGCAUGAUAUAUGUUCCCUGAUUUUUGCUGAAGCUCAUCUCUGUACUCCUUGACUGCAGUUUUCUUCUCUUGAUGCAGAGAAGUGCAGAGCUGAUAGAGGUUAUCAAUUGUCUCUUGUUUAUUUAUUUUUUUUGACAGGGUGAACCUGACACUAUAUGUGAUAACAAUUAAUUGGAACUGGCAACUACUCUAUAUGUCUAGGUGUUACAAUAAUUUAGUUAUGAACUCUUUGCAGCACCUAACCGGUGCAUCUCACUCGGGAUUGAGUUUUGAACUAUUCUUCCUGGUAUAAGCCAACAUGAAAUUUGGAUAUACCAAAACAAGAUUUUUCUGGAAUCAAUCUA